CUUCCCACUUUAUAUUUAUAUAUAUAUAUAAUAUUUAAAAAACCCAUGAAAGAACCUGCGAUAUAAUCAUCUGCUUUAAUACUUAGAAAAACAAUCAAACCAACAAAAAAGUAAAAAGAAAAGAAAAAGAAAAAUUCACAGCCUAUAUAUCCUAACAUGCAGGGUCGUCCGACCAUUAGGAACCCGGCUUUCAGCCAUCCGAGUCCCAUCCCAACUCCAGCACCUUCAGAUACUAUCCCUACACAGUUACACCAUGCACCUGGACACUGGACUACUGGUCUUUGCCACUGCUUUGAUGACCCUGCAAAUUGUGUUAUUACUUGCGUAUGUCCUUGCAUCACCUUCGGACAGGUAGCUGAGAUCGUCAGCAGAGGAUCCAAAUGUAAAGUUCACAUAUUUUCUUGUUUUUCAAGGGGGUUGCUGUACGGGGUGUUGCUAGGUUUCACUGGUUGUGCAUGUUUUUAUUCAUUCUUAUAUCGCUCGAAACUAAGGGGACAAUACGACUUAGAAGAAGAACCAUGUAAUGAUUGCUUAGUUCACUUCUGCUGUUGUCCAUUGGCUCUUUGUCAAGAGUACAGAGAUCUCAAAAACCGUGGCUUUGACAUGGAGAUAGGUUGGGAAGCCAACAUGGACAGGCAAAAGCGUGGGGUCGCAAUGACGCCGAUAGUGAUCCCUGGAAUGACAAGAUGAUUGAUUAAUUGUAUCAAUCGUGUGCCUUCAGUCGAUGAAUAUGGUAGAAACAGGCACUGAAACUGCUGCAAUUAUGCUGCCUUUGAUGCCUAUGUUGUGCGUGCUUUGGUUAAAUCUAGGGUUUGGUUUGGAGACUUUUGCGUUUGAUUAUCCAUAUGAUAUUUGCUAACCAGAAAGAUAUAGAAAUCACGUGUGUGGUUAAAACAUGUUGAAAGUUUUCACCCAAAAAAAUGGGUAUUCACAUAUGAUGUGUUUUAGUAUAUGUGUUCAAUUAUUCGUUCGUGAAAUACUUUUUAGGUCACUUUUGAACGUUUAAAAUGAAAUUCUUGUAGUUUCGCCACUCAAUUGUUAUGGUGUUUUCAUUUUAGUCAUCUAA